UCCCCCCCCCCACUCAAGUGCGCGCAUUGUGUUGAUCUAUUAAAACAUCUCGGGGGCGCGCACGUACGUACGCUCGUGUGUCGGAAAGAACCAGGGCGAAAAAAAAGACCCAGAAGGAGGAGGAGCAUGAGGUCUGGGGCGCUAUGGCGACCAACAUAGAACAGAUCUUCCGUUCUUUCGUGGUGAAUAAAUUCAAGGAGAUCCAGGAGGAAAAGCUGAACAGCGAGAAUUCUGAAACCUCCCAAAAUGGUGAAUUGACCGCACAGAUGUCCGGAAACCCAUCUGAAGAGACCAUCACAGACGUUCAAGACAAAGAGCAAAUGCAGUCAGAGUCUACACAACUAGAACAAACAAAGAGUUUAGACUUAGAAGCGGAGUCUGCAUCAAAGGAGUUAAAAAGUGGUGACGUUAGUUCUUCUGACGAAGUAAAGAAAGAUGCCUCACGAAAAAAGUCCAAAAAGCAUAAAAAGCACAAAAGCAAGAAGAAAAAAAAGAAAAAGAAAAAAGAGAAAAGCGAGAAACGGUCAAAAUCUGUUUCAAGUGCUGAGGACCAAGACAAUGUAUCAGAACACAAAGCAGUAUGGAAACCUGCAUUUGAAACUCUUCCAAAAGAAGACGGUAGAGUAGAUGUUUCAAAAGCAGUAACUACUGUUGAGGAAAACCAUGAAAUUGGUGUAAAAUCGUGUGGAUUUGUGCAAGAAGGAAAUCUGGAUUCUGACAAGAUAAAUCAAGCUGUUGAAAAGGAAACCUACAUUGAUUCAGAAUUUUUUGGUCCUAAAUGCCCUAAGGAAAUUAAAGGAGAUCUUUAUAAAACAUGCUCACCCCUUGAGGAAGGGGCGAGUAAAGAACUCUUUGAAACACCAACCACACAUAAAUCCAGUGAUAAUAGUAAAACUCUCAAACAGGAUGAAGCAACGGAUAUGUUGGAUAACUCCGUCAAUGCACACUCAACAGCAAAACAUAUAUUUCCAUCAUCUAAUUCUGAAAAUGAAUUGCUAUUGGAACAUGAAAGCAUAGCUGUUUCACAAACACAAAGUGUUGAUUUAAUCAAUACAAAAAUGGACUCUAUAGCCAGUGCUCCAACAGCAUCUCUACCCUAUGAUAAUACUGUUCUACACAAUUCUGAUAGGAGUAAACUUAAAUGUCAGUCAAGAUCUAGAUCAACUAGCAUAAGUAAACUGAGAUCAAAAGAAACAUGUUCAAGUUCUAAAUCUGUAACAAAAAAAGACAAAUCUAGAUCUAAGCCUCUUGGUAAAGGCUGUUCCUCUGGUAUAGGACGCCAGUCAAGGUCCAGUUCUUUGGGCAGGAGACAAAAGUCUCACUCAAGCUCUGUAGGAAAAAGGAAGUGCUCACACUCCAACUCUCCAGUGCAUAGAAGAGAAUCACGCUCAAGUACUCCUGCUCAUCAGUCUAAAUCCCCAAUACGGAAGUGGUGGUCGAAGUCUAUAACCAGAAGAGAGAGGACUGUGUCUGUUUCACCUGUAAGACGUCGCAGGUCAAGAACUAGAUCUAAUGCAAGGAGACGUAGAUCGAGAACGAGAUCAGCUGCAAGGAAACCUCGUUCAAGAACUAGAUCAGUGGCAAGGAGGCAUCGAUCAAAAACAAGAUCCGUUGCAAGGAGACGCAAGUCUGGAUCCAGGUCUACAAGCAACAGAAGAAAGUCAAGGUCCAGAUCAGCUAGCAGGAGGAGAAGACAAAGAUCUCAAUCAGCUAGCAGGAGGCGAAAAUCAAAAUCGUUGUCAGUUUCCAGGAGAAGGAGAUCAAAGUCUAGGUCAGUUGCCAGAAGAGGGAAGUCCCAGUCAAGGUCUCUUACAAGAAGGAGGAGGUCCAGGUCUGGAUCAGCUUCCCGCAGGCGGAGGUCAAGGUCUGGGUCAGCUUCCAGAAGGCAGAGAUCUAGAUCUGGCUCUGCUAGCAGGAGAAGGAGGUCCAGGUCUGAUUCAGCUGGCAGAAGGCACCGGUCGAGAUCUGGCUCCAUUGGGAGAGGGCGGCGGUCGAGAUCUAGCUCUGCUGGCGGGAUGAGACGCCGGUCGAGGUCUGACUCUGCCAGGAGGAGGCGCCGGUCGAGGUCUGGCUCUGCUCGAAGGAGGUGCCAGUCGAGGUCUGGCUCUGCUGGGAGAAGGAGGCGAUCGAGGUCUGGCUCUGCCGGGAGGAGGAGGAGGCGGUCAAGGUCUGGCUCUGCCGGGAGGAGGCGGUCAAGGUCUGGCUCUGCUGGGAGAAGGAGGCGGUCGAGGUCUGGCUCUGCCGGGAGGAGGAGGCGGUCGAGGUCUGGCUCUGCCAGGCGGAGAGGGAGGUCGAGAUCUGUUUCUGGCAGGCGGAGGAGACGGUCGAGGAGUGGUUCUGCCUGCAGAAGGCAGAGGACAGGAUCUAGGUCAGCACCCAGAAGAAGAAAGUCAAGGUCUUGCUCAGCUACUUCAAGGUCUGGGUCAAAAAGAUCAGUAUCUAGAUCAGUUGCAAAGAGAAACAGAUCAAGUUCAGUGUCACUUUCCAGGAGACCAAGAACAAGGUCUGGGUCCGUAACUAAAAAGCAGAGGUCCAGGUCUAGUUCAGAUUCCAAGAGAGAGAGAUCAGGAUCAGCUGCCAAGAGGAAACAAUCAAGAUCUGUAGCCAAAAGAAUGGAAUCUAGUACAGCUGAUGGGAGGCGUAUAUCUCGGUCUAGAUCAUCUUCUCAAAAACAGAGAUCACAAUCUGCCUCAGGAAGUAGAAGGUCCAGAUCAACAACUGAUUCAAGGAAACAAAAAUCAAGAUCCAGAUCAGCUGAAAAGAAAUUCUUUGAGGAUUCACCAGAUCAUAAAGUAGAUCAUUUGGAACUAAAAAUUAAAUCCUCAGGAUCAGAUUAUAAAUCAAAAGAGAGUACAUCUCAGGAACAAACUACAUCAAUGAAUUGCCCCAAAAAUAUUACAGAUGAACAAAGAGUCCUUGGGCAGUCUGCCUCUUUAACCGAUUGUUCUGAUAAGGAUCCACUCUCCUGGACAGAAAUAUCUACAGAACCUCUCAAACGCAGCAAAGACACAGAUCAUCAAAUAAUUGAUUCAGAUUUGGUUGACGAUAGUGCCACUGGAAGACCAGACCCUCCUAAUGAAAGUAUUUGUGAUGCCAAUGAUGAAUCAAACCAGAUGGAAGUUGCUAUGGAACUGGACAGCUGCCAUUCUGAUUCAGAUAAAUUCAGCACAACAGAGGAGGAAUGUGUUUUAUCAGAUGUUUUUAAGAAAGUUCCUGAUGACUUAAAUUCAACUUCAGGUAUUGUUACACAGUGUUUUUUGGAACAAGAGCCUAAUACGUCUAUGUUGACCAAAGGUACAGUGUUUAACUCGUAUUUAAACGUGGAUGAAUCUUCUUUCAAUUUGUGUCCAAAAUCUGAAGACAAACCUUUUGAUCUAGAGAUGACGAACAAGCAGCAACGUGUUACUGCUUUUACUGUGGCAGGAGAACUAACUCAGUCCCAUAAUAUACUAAACGCUUUACCUCAUUUGCAGAAACCUGAAUCUCAGACAUAUUCAGAGACAGAAAUCAAUGAUUCUGGAGCCACAGCAAGUUAUAAGUAUAUUUUUCCCUUGGACUAUAAAGCAGAGAAUGUGGAACUCUCUGAUCAUGCACCUGAAAUGGCACAGGAGAAAGGGCGAUCUUAUUCCAGUAGCUGUAAUUUACCCAUUUUACAUAAUAUGCCAGAUUCUGCUGUGUCAAAUAGACAUGAAAACCUGAAUUCAGAUUUGUUCAAAGACCAACCUUUUAUAUGCUCUUUACAGUUAGUGUCUGACACAAAUGAUUGUUUGCUUGUUGAUAAGAAAAGUCCUGUGGUUAGAUCUGAACCAGAACAUUCUGAUGGGGGUGGUGCUAUUCAAUCUGGCAGUGAAACAUUGUUAACAGACAGUAGUCACCCUGAUAAUUCACCUCAAACCAGACUAAAUAUGAAUGCUUUGUCUAAGGAAAAAAUAUACAAUCAGAAAGAGGAAUCUUUUUAUGACCUUGAAUUUUCCAAUUGCAAUGCAGAUGUAAUGCAAAACAGUCCUAAAAGCUUUCAGACUGAUGUGUCACCUGAGCAGCAUUUUCAGGAAAAGACAUUAAGUUAUGUUGGUGACAUUUGCACGAGUGGCGUGGAUCCUAAUUUUGAACUUGAAACUGAAACUUCAUCUAAAGAAACAUCAAAGCUUUCAAAGGACAAGAAGCUUACAGUUGACAAUGAGGAUAUACAGUCUGUUAAAGAUGAUUUAAGCUUGCAGCAUACACCAAAUAUUCUUUCCAUUGCAGAAAAUCAGAAACAGCCUUUAGCAAGCUCAAAAAACACAAGUUGUCCUAUUGACAAGGUUGCCACGUUUGAGAAAACACUUUGCAAAGGUUCUUUGUUUUCUUACCCUCUUGCUGAAGACUUCUCAACAGUCAACAGUGUGCAGAAAGCAUUUCAGUUGCAUGGUAGUAUACACAUCAAACCUGAUGAAUUUAAAGCACAAACUGAGCAGGUAUUGCAUGGCAUUCCUGGAGAUUUUGAGAAACUGUCCAAAAACUCUCAUGACCCUGAAAUCAUUAAAAAUAAUGCUGCUGAUGGUACUGAUAUCCAGGGCACUGCCCAGGUUGGCCAAUUUAAGGAAAUCUGUACUGAUUUUGAACGGACUGUGUUAUCUGAAUUGCCAUCUACUGGAUCCAAUGAGCAGCCGUUACAGAUAAACUCUGAACUUAAAGGAAAGGAAGAUUCUGUACAAAACAUUGAAUGCAGAAAUGAAAUUAAAACACCCAUUUGGCAAGUUGAUAUAGUGUAUCCCAAAAUAAAUCCUCCGCCUACACACUUACCAUCUGUUGAUACUGAGUUAGUAAUUCCAAAAGGAAAACCCAUCUGCCCUGGUCAAACAAGCUGUGUAUAUUUUCCUGAUAUACCUGAUUCACGCAUAAUCUGCACACCUCCAGACAACAAAACAAAGUUUGAAUAUAUUGCAGAUCAUGGCAUUGAUUCUGUGAUGCAACAGAGUGCUAAUGUUUGCAAAUCAACUGUCCAGUUUGGAAGGGCCCUUAAAGACAGUGUUCUUAAUAGCAUUCAUACCACAACACAAGAAACCAGUGACACCGAAAUAAGGAAACCUGAAAAAGAUAUAGUGGUUAAUCCUCUUGUUCCUGACAUUGUAGAUGUUCAGCAGUUUUCUCAGAAGCCAGACGAUAGAUUCUGUAUUAUAGCAAAGGGGCAAAAUAAUUUGAGUAAAAGUAUAGUUUAUGAACAUUCAUCUGCUGAGAGUGGCAUAGAUGAACAAAAAUGUCUCCAAGAGGGAACAAGGGAGCAUUUAUACAUUUCCUCUCAAGAAGAGCCUUCUAUUUUUGUGCCUGCUGAAGAAGAAUCCGCUAUGUCAAAUGACAAAUUUGCAGAUUGCAGUCAACUAAAAACUUGCAGGGAAGAUAACUUUAUAGAGCCACCUGCUGAGCAAAUACCUCUUGGAAUGAGUGACUCUAUAUUUAAAAAUCAAGAAUUAGAUGAUGGAUGCAAAAUUAUCACUGCUAAUAUAGUGAAGCAAGACUUCUCUAAUGUAGAGUCCGUAAAAGAACAUCUGUCGGAUAAAUGUUUUGAGGAUAAAUCAAAUUCUGCUGGCACACACAACGUUAAAGAAAGCUGCUCUAAUACAAUCUCUCUAGAUAAUUCCACUUUUACCUCAGAUUUUAAAAGUCCUGUCUGUGCUGUCACUGAUAUAACCAGGGGGAGUGUACACCAUUCCUUAGAGUCUGGUUUACCUGAUGUUUGCUCUUCUUCUUGGCAAAGUAAUUCAAAACAGAAGUGCAGCAAUGAUCAAAAGAUUUUAAAAUCAACUGUCACAAGAGAUAAUCGUUUGGGUGCAAGUAGUAAUCAUCUUGAAUUGGACAGCUCAAAGACAAAUCAGCCAAAUGAAUCUGAAGGCCCUGCUUCAAAUUACGAAGCCAUUUAUUCACAGUCUACAGUCUGUGAUAAUAAGGUAAGCCCUCAAGGACUAUCCAACGCACAAACACCUACUGGUCAAGAGACUCAGUCUGGUGAAAUUGUUGCACAAAAGUAUAUCUUGUCGGUGCCACUGAACUUUAAAUUUAGCAGAACCUUUAAGCCUUUAAGUAUAUCUGCUCUUCAUGAUAAUGCUCAUACAAUAAACUCUCCUGUAACUCAGCAUUCAAAGCAAAGUCUUGUAACUGGGUCAGAAACAUUGCUGUCAAGUAAAUCUGCAACUCUAGAUCAAUCAAAGACAACUAUCCCUACCCCAGAGUCUAAUGCCUUGUCUGUCCCUGAGCCAGAAGGGGCUUGUGACUUGUCUCUGCUUCAUACACCUGAGUCCAGUGGGCAGUCUGUCUCUCAGCCAUCUGAGCCUGUUUCAUGUACUGAGGUAGAAUAUUUUCAAAUUGAUGCCAAAGCAGAGCCUUCUUUUUCUAGUACAACUGCCAAGCCUGCUUUCCCACAACUUUCAAAUCCUUUAGCAAAGGGUGUCAAGCAAAGGCAGUAUCGUUCAAGGUCCAUGGCUCAAGAUAGCAGAUCACCAUCUGUAGAUCGAGACCAAUCACCUUCCAAAUCUGCUUCCAGGAAAAGGUCACAUUCCAAAUCACGAAAACGACGCUCUCGUUCAAAAUCUUUGAAGGGCAAACACAGCAGCUACAGUCAAGGCAGGAAGAGACGAUCUCGGUCAAAGUCAAAAACCAAAAAAAGACAAUCCCCUUCAAAGCAAUCCUCCAAAAGGAGGCGUUCUCGUUCCAAAUCAGUUAAAAGGCAGUCUAGGUCACCAUCUCGUGACAAGAGGCGUCCCCGGUCAAAAUCAACAGGUCAUAGAAAGCAGUUGAGCUCCAAAUCACCAACCAGGAAAAAGCGCUCUCACUCUAGAUCAGAUACUAGAAGGAGGCAUUCAAGAAAGAGCUCUCGUUCUAAGUCACCAGUUUGGAAAAAUCGCUCCAAUUCUAAAUCUGUAUCAAAAAGCCCCUCAAAAUCUGCAUCACAGAGACGUCACUCAAAAUCUAGACUACCAAAGUGCUAUUCACGAUCAAGUUCUAGGUCUGCAUCACCUGGUAAACAUUCUGGAAGAAGAAAUCGUUCCUCAUCAAAGUCACCAACUAAACGUCGUUGCAGCCGAUCAAGAUCACGUGGACGCUGGGGUAAUUCCAGGUCCAGCAGAAGAGGUCGAAGUUCUCGUUCUCCCUCAAGAAGGAAUCGCUCUCGUUCAGGGUCUCAGCAGUCUCGAUCCCUGUCAGACAAGAAUCACCAAGGGUCCAGAUCACCAAUACAUAAAAAACAUUCACGUUCACAGACAAAACUGGAUAAAUCUCCUUUAAGUAAACACCCAUCAAAAUCAAAGUCACCACCACCUCCACCACCUAAAAAAAACACUCAGUCCAAAUCUACAGCAUUCAAACAUAGCAUUGGUUUGAAGUCCCUUAUUCAAAAGCAGCUAUCUCAAGCAAAAUUACAGAGCUCCAAUAGUAAGUUAUCUUCUAAGGAGCAGUUGACAGUUGCAAGCCUAACUACAACAACACAGUUGCCAGCAUCUAGUCUACCUGCUAAAACUCCGGUACCUGUAGCUAACCUGCCAUCUAAAACAAGGUUGCCUGAAACAAACAUGAACGCUAAAGCAUUGCCACCUCUUUCCAACCAGCCUCAAAAAAAUCAGUUGCCACUGCUCAACAAGGAUGCACCGCUGUCUGUUCUGAACACAAAUGCAAGAGCACAGCAGCAUGUAACUGACCUUGCUACAGAAACACAAUGGCCUGUUGCAGAUAUAAGCACUGGAGCACAGUGGGCCAUACCUGAUAUGGCAACAGGAGGGCAUUGGGCCCUAUCUGAUAUGACAGCUGCAGGACACUGGACCAUGCCAGACAUGACAGCUGCAGGCCAAUGGGCUAUGCCUGAUUUGUCAUCUGGAUCACAGUGGCCAGUAACAGAUAUGACUUCUGGCCCACAUUGGACUAUGUCUGACAUGUCCACUGGAACACAGUGGCCUGUAUCUGACCUUUCCUCUGGAACGCAGUGGCCUGUAUCAAACCUUUCUUCUGCAACACAUUGGCCUGUGUCUGAUUUGGCAACAGGUGCUCAGUGGCACAUGCCAGACCUAGGUGUUGGAACACAGUGGCAUAUGCCAGACUUGACUGCUGGGGUGUCAAUGCCUGAAUUGACUGCAAGUACUUCAAUACCUGACUUGACUCCUAGUUUCCAGAUGCCUGAUUUGCCACCAGGUACCUCGGUGAUUGACUUGGCUCCUCCCCCAGCCCCCAUACCAGCCGUGGCUCCUCCCCCAGCCCCACUGCCAGAUGUUGCUCCUCACCCAACCCCCUUGCCUGACUUGGCCCCUCCCCCAGUCCCCUUGCCGGACUUGGCCCCUCCCCCAGCCCCCUUGCCGGACUUGACCCCUCCCUCAGCCCCCUUGCCGGACUUGGCCCCUCCUCCAGCCCUCUUGACGGACUUGGCUCCUCCUCCAGCCCCCUUGCCGGACUUGGCUCCUUCUCCUCCAGCCCCCUUGCCUGACUUGGCCCCUCCUCCACCCCCAAUGCCUGACUUGGCUCCGCCACCACCACCGAAGCCUAACUUGGCUCCUCUCCCUGCCCCAAUGCCUGACUUGGCUCUUGCAGCACCACCCUUCCCAAUGCACCAUUUGACUUCUUUAUCUCCAGUGCCUGAUUUGGCUCUUUCUCCAGCCCCAGUGCCACACUUGGUUACUGCAGCCCAGAUGCAUGACUUGGCUCCAGUACCAACUCCAUCCCUGACCCGCGACUUGUCCCUUUCUUCAGCCCAGAUACCUGACUUAGCUCCUGAAGUAACUCCAGAACCAUUACCUGACUUGGCCCCCUCGGUCCCAGUGUCGGAAUUGUCUUCUUCAUCUCCACCAGUUUUUCAGCCUCUGCAUGAAUCAGUUGAUAAUCAAAAUGCUUAUUUGAGUGAAGAUAGUGCUAAGGAAGAUCAAACAAAAACACUAUAUGUGAUUUCCAAAAGUCCUGUUGACCGUAAUCCAUUUUUAUCUGCUGAUGAAUUGGUUAAACCUGGUCUCUGCAUUGCAGCUAAAUUUCCUGCAAUAAAUGAGAAAUUCCUGCGGGGAGAGCAUUCUGAGGACCAUGAAGUCAUGCCCGUUGGAGCAGAGGCUAGUGCUGGUUGUGACUUACUGAAAGAAUCCUAUGACAACUCACUUCAUCCUCUGCUUGAUAUAGCUCUUGUUCUUCCUACUAAAACUCAGCUGUCUGUACCUUCUGCUUGUCCUGUGUCAAUGAAAAUGUUGACCAGCAAUAAUGACCAUCCUCUUGUGCAGCUCAGUGACCAACCCAGUUUGCUAUUGAUUCAGGAAUCAUUUGAUGAACCUUGCCACCCACAAAGGAAGGAGCAGUGUCCUGCAUCCAUUUCAGGCUGUCUACAGGGAGGUUCAAGUGACCGUUUUGAGCAAUCUCUGAAAAGUAAUCACGAGGACCGAUCUAGAGACAUUCGGUUAGAUGAGUAUGGUAUAUUAACCAGUAGUCCUCUCCAUAAUGACCUUGCAAGCCACAGCGGCACCCUCUUAAAUGAACCCUGUGUGAGCCUUCCACUUUCCCAAGUGAUUGAGUCAUGUGAAAGUUCUAGUCGGUAUCUAUCAGAAGAGGCAUGUUUUAGUACAAAAUGUUCACCAACCACAGCGUCUUAUGCUAUUACAAAUGUCAAAAGUCAUUCCAACUCCCUUCCAGAUGAUUCUUGUCUUGUCCCUAACGAGCCCUUACAGGAUGACAAUAUAGUAUUCCUAGAACAGCCAUUACAGCAUCAGUCAUGUUUAUCACUUCUCCCUCCCGAGCAAGACAAGACUUCUUUAUGUGUAAAAGAAUCCUUUGAUAACUGUCCUUGUCUAAGUGCUGACCAGACUCUGCAGGAAAAACCCUUGGGCUGCCUUGACCAGUCUCUGCCAGAUGAAUCUUCAUCUGUCUUUAGUUUUCAGUCUUCAGUUGAUAGGCCAUGUUUGAGUCCUGACCGGCUCCUGGAGAUCAGUGUACGGCCCCACUUUCUACAGCAGACGGAGUCAAAUACAAAUCCUGAUCAAUUCCAAUUGCUUGAAACUGGCAGGAUCUUCCAGCAGCCUGUGUUUGCUGAAACGAUGUAUCAUGAACCAUCUUUGCCACAUAAACUUGUUGAGAAUUCUAAUCUGCUGGAAGAUGAUAAACUUUAUGAAAGCCCUGUCACAUACAGUUCUGAUAAAGCCUCUGCAAGUCCUAGCUUGUUCAGUGAUGAUGCAAAAGAGAAACUGACAUUCGCUGACCCCCCAGGGGGACAUGUACAGCAAACAUCUGAGGAACAAUGCCAAAGAACUACGCUGCCAGAUGAAAUGUUUAUAAAGAAUGAUGACCCUCUUUCAAACAAAUACUUUGUUUGCCCCAGCAUUCCUUCUGUGGGUUGUGGCAGUAUUAAUACUGAGUAUAUAGCUCAAGAUCUAAAGAAUCCAGAUCAACUCCUGCAAAACAAAUCUUGUCAUAGUCCCAAGAAGCCACUGAUAGAACUUGCAAGCAGUGGCCAGUUAGUUCAGAAGUCAUACAUAAACACUGACCAAUUUACAACAGUUGAACAGUAUGGAUAUCCUGAUAAGCAGCAGCUCAAUAAAGAAAUAGUGAACACUAAUCCUGUGAUGGUUAAAUCCAUAUUGGGCCUAAAAGAUCCUGAGCCUUGUGAGAGCAUCAAAGAUGCACUGUCCCCUAAGCUCCAUGCAAUAUCUUCUGAGACCUGUAUUACCUCCACACAUCCUCUUGAGCCUUGCAAGAGUCCCAAUCAAAUCCAUACACAUGAGCCGUGUAUAGUUAUUGAUCACUCCUUUGUUAGCUCUGAACAGCCUGUGCUUCCUGAGUUGAGUUCUGUCAUGACUUUGCUGCCCAAGCCUUCUGCAAACUCUAAAGAGCUCCUGCCUCUCAAGUCGUGUAUGGACUCUGGCCAUACUUUGCUAUCCAAGCACAGUGUAAGUCCUGACAAGACCAUAUUUUUUCAACUUGCCUCAAGCCCUUACCAGACUACAGAAACCUUGGUAAGCUCCAACAAGGACACAUCUCCUAGCCAACUGGCAAGCCCUGGCCAGGACCUUCCUUAUGAUGCCUGGAAAAAUCCUGAACAGUGCUCAACUACUGAACCAUGCCUUCCUGCUGCAGACUGGGAAAGCUCUGAUCCUGCAUUUUGCUCUAAAACCUGGCCAUGUGCUAAGUAUAGCCAGCCUAAUAAGCCCUCUGUGCAUGGUGAGCCCUGUGACAGCAUUAGCCAGGUCCCACCACUAGGUAGUCCUGUCCAAUCCCUGCUUGACCAAGCAUGUGCCAGUCCCUUACUUCCCAUUACUGAUAAACUUAGUGCCACCCCUGAACAGCCGCUGUCUGACAAAUCCAAUUCCAGCCUAUGCUAUCUUUCUGAUAAUCCUUGCACACGUUUGCACCAGUCCUUAGCUCCAGAAUUUUCUGAAUAUGAACCAUCCCGUGAACCUGUACAGCCCCAUGGAAAGUCUGAUGAAGUGAUUUUACCCUGUAGCAUUGUGAUCCACAGUGAGCAGAACCCUCUGAUAAAUCAUGAACACACUUCGUCAGAGGUAGCCUGUACACAGCUAGUCUCUGUUGAACUUUGUCCUUCCAUUCCUAACUCUGAUCAAUAUCUGAUACCUGAUGCUAGCCCUGUUAAACCUAUUCAGAGUGAUCCAUGCUCCAGGCCUAACAUUACUCCAGAGGACUCUCUUUCAGCAACUCACAGGCCCUGUGUCGGUUCCCCCAGCAUGCUGCAAGAUGAAUGCUGUGAAAGUUACGAUCACUUAAGCGUAAUUGAGCAAAAUACAAACUCACAGUAUACCUUAGUGGACAAAAACUAUGGAAGCCCUCUCACCCCCGAGUCUGUUCAGAUAUUGCAAACCCCUCUUAUGGCAAAUGAGCUUUCUUUGAGCCCUUGUCAGAUUGAGCAGGAUGACCAGUCUGUGACAGAUUAUUCUAAUGAGAGACCUCUGUUGGUUAAAAAAAUUCAGUCCAUAGAACCUGAAGCCUCGGCAAGCCAAGAGCCCUCAACCCCUGUACUAACUGUAUCUAAAAAAUCUACUUUGUGCAUCGGUGCUAAUAUUCUUUUGCAACGCCAAACAAUUUCAGUGGAUCCAAUAUCGAGCUUGCCCCAUGAUACUACCUUUUCUGUUGUGGAAAAAUCCAUCACAGACAAAACUGAUUCUUUUAUAACCUCUGAGAAGAAAGAUGAUGCAAAACAUUUUGCAGCAGAGGCAUUAAUAUUGCAUUCAAAGGCCAUACCCUCUGUAGAACAUGAUACAGAUAGAGAAGAACCUGUAACAGUGCUAGACAAGGCUGAGGAAAGUUCUCGUGUUGAGAAGCAAUUCAGAAUUACGCCACCAGAUUUGUUGCCUUAUGACUCGGAUCAGCCAGCUCUUCCAAAUGACACCUCUGAUGCUGUAUUAGAGCAGAUUGCUUACAAUUGCCAACCACCACCUGAACUGCUGCCAUAUGACUCUGAGCAACCUGCAAACGCCUAUCUGGGUUUAUCUGAAACUCAGUCUGAACAUGCUUCUCCGGUCUUUCACACACCACCUGAGCUGCUGCCUUAUGAUUCUGAGCAGCCUGCUGUACUGCACACAAACAAUGAAUUGCCUUCCAUUAACCUGCCUGCAAGCCUUUCUCAGGCUGAGUCCACUUCCCAAACAAGUUCUGUUCCAGAUUCUCUUCAUUUAGAUGAAUGCAUGCCUGGGAAUUUUCAGUCAGAGGAAGAACAACAAAGAACUCAAGAACCACAAACAACCAAAGUUUUAUUUGAAUAUGGAAGCAUUGCUGAUGUGUCUGAAUUUCCUAUGGACAAUACUCAUGAACAGUUAGAAUGUGAAAGUGCUGCCAGCUAUCAGUCAGAGGUUUCAAACACUCCAGCCUAUAUGACCUUACACUCUGCAGAAUGUAAUUUAUCCACACAAAUAUCUUCUGAGAACACAAAAUCCAUAAAUACAUCCUCUGAAAAGCAAUUUUCUUCAGCGUUGCCCAUCAUUUUGCCAGAGUCCACCAAUGAAGGACAGAUUGAUUUUAAUCAGAUGCAGUCUAAUUAUAUGGAACCAGUUGAAUCAUCCAGAUCUGUUGGAGAGGAUGCUUGUAUAACUGAAUUGCCCACUGAGCUUUCUGUAGCUGGGAAGCCACAUGUGGCAGAAUUCACUUCUGAACAGCUAUCUGUUGCUCCUGAAGCUCUUGUGCAUCAUAUUUCCCUAUCAGAGUUUGCUACAAAGGCAGAACACUCUGCAUCUAUAUCUGCCUCUUUAACAGGCCAGCGGCCUUUAUUAACAGAGCUAUCAUUAUAUACAGAGAGUCAAGUAAGUGAAGUUUCAGUUGCUGGUGAGUCAAUCACAACUUCUGAACAAAGUAACAUUCCUGCCUUAGAGUCUCCAGUCCUUCCGCAAGAAGCAUCAUUCAAACGGUCACGUUCUAAGUCUAUAAAUGACAGGACAAAUUCACGGUCUCGAUCUAAAUCUGUCACAAGUAUGAAACGUUCAAAGUCCAGAACCCAAAAGAGAUCGAGAUCCAAAUCAGCCACUUCAUGGAAAAGAUCUCGUUCAAAGUCUGUUGCAAAAAGGCAAAGGUCACACUCAAAGUCAGCUGUAGAAAGCAGAAGGUCACGCUCAAAGUCUACAAAAAGAUCACGCUCAAAGUCACAUAUGCAGAGGAAGCGUUCCCGGUCCAAGUCUACUUCACGCAGGAAGCGUUCACGGUCUAAACCGGAUGCCUGCAAAAGACGCUCGUGCUCAAGAUCUGCAGGACGCAAAAGGCGUUCCCGUUCAAGGUCUGUUGGUCGCAAAAGACGUUCUCGCUCAAAGUCUCCAGUACGCAAAAGACGGUCUCGAUCUAAAUCUACUGGCCGCAAAAGACGAUCAAGAUCAAAGUCCACUGGACGCAAAAAACGUUCACGCUCCAAAUCUUAUGGCCGGAAGAGGCGCUCACGCUCCACUUCUGCAUCUCAGAGACGGCGCUCACGAUCUACAACAUUGGCUCGCCACAGGCGUUCUAGCUCAGUAUCUGUGGCCCGCAGAAGGAGAUCACGCUCAACAUCUGCAACCCGUAGGCGAAGGUCUCGCUCAACAUCUGUAGUUCGAAGGAAGCGAUCCCACUCAUCUUCAGUCGCCAGGAGGAGGCGCUCACGUUCAGUGUCAGCUGGUCCCAGAAGGACUUCUCGCUCCGUGUCUGUUCCUAGAAGGAGGCGCUCCCAGUCUGUGUCAAGAAGGAGACGCUCACGCUCCCAGUCCGUGACGAGAAGGAGACGCUCCCAGUCUGGGUCCAGAAGAAGGCGAUCCCGCUCAGCAUCUAUGUGUAGAAUACAGCGUUCUCCCUCAACAUCUAUAACUCGCAAAGGUCGUUCACGCUCAGUUUCUGUUGCCAACAGAAGACGCUCACGCUCUGCAUCUGAGGCCUGCAUUAAGCCUUCACGUUCAGUGUCUGCAACAAGAAAGAAGCGAUCUGUUUCUAAAUCAUUGACUCCAAAAUCACCAACUUACAAGCCAUCUGCUGUGUCAAGAUCAGAGCGAUCUCGAAGUCAUUCACAGAGUAAUGUCCUUCGUAAGAGGAAAACACGCUCAAGAUCUUCAUCAAGAGACAAAAAUAAAUUGAGUGAAAAAAGACGAAGAAGAUCAAACUCUAAAGACCACUAUAACCUUAAAUCUAGACGCAGAAGUCGAACACCUCCUAGGCGGAAAAAAUCAAGAUCUCCUGUAAAAAGAAUGUCGCCUGUUAGGAGAAGGCGAUCAAGGUCCAAUAUAAGGAGAAAAAGCUUCAGCAGGUCUCCUGUUCGCCGGAAACGAUCAAGAUCUAGGGACAAAUCUAUGGAGUCCAGCAGGUCACCUAAACGUCUCACUGACCUCGAUAAAGCUCAGCUUCUUGAAAUAGCCAAAGCGAAUGCUGCUGCUAUGUGCGCUAAGGCAGGUGUGCCAUUGCCAUCAAGCUUGAAGCCUGUAAUUACACCGGUCACUCCUGUGGAAGAGAAAAUUACCCUUCGCUCUUACGGCGUUACCAUUCAAGAACUUACUGAGAAAUGUAAGCAAAUUGCUCAGAGCAAAGAAGAUGAUGUGAUUGUAAAUAAGCCUCACGAUUCUGAUGAAGAGGAAGAAGAAAGGCCUUUUUAUAAUCACCCCUUUAAAGUCAGUGACCAUAAACCUAUUUCAUUCAGCUUAUUGAAUCCUUCUGUAAAGCCAGCCCCAAAAAAUCAGGUAACUUUGACUAAAGAGUUCCCAGUCUCAUCUGGGUCUCAGCACAGAAAAAAAGAGGCAGACAAAGUAUACGGCGAAUGGGUCCCUGUAGAUAAAAAGACAGAGGAAAGCAAAGACGACGUGUUCACUAACACAGGUCCUACACAGUUCUAGAUUGUUUGAGGAAGGUGGAUUAUCCACAGUUAGAUACCUGUUGCCAAACCAACGUUCUGAUGGGCUGAGACCCCCCCUCUUUAAUGGCCUCACAUGGACCUAAUGCUUCCAGUUCCUGAGUUCUGAUUGGUUGCAAACUGGUCAUUAAAGAACGCUAAGGACUGAUUCCUUACAACUACAGGAAAAAGCAAAGAAAACCAGCCCCUCCCCAGAUGUGCAGAAACCAUGUGCAGUUCAACACCACAACGGACAUAAAAAAUGUAUUUUUCUUUUUUGUGUGCAAAGUUGUGAACCUGCCCAGCAUGAACAUGAGCUCUACUCGUGAAUUCUGUAAAGAUGCCCAAUAUCGAAAAUGAUUAAAAAGAACACAAAGCUCCAUAACAGACAUUUCAGUUGUAGUAAAAGUGAGAGAUUUCACGCAAAACUUUUUAGAACAUCAGCUCUGUUUUUGGUGAAUGCUAGCGCCUCACGUUUGUAUACACACACACCUGUCUUACUUGGUUAAAGUUUUUGGGUGCCGCAGUACAGAUUUCAGGUGUUUCAGUGCAUGAACCUCUGCAAUAACCAAUUGUGGUUUUUCUACCCAUGCUCCUUAAACCGUACUUGCACUAAAUUAGUCCCUGCUUUUAUUACGGUUAUUUUUACUGUAACUCGGCACUAAGUAAGGCUCUGGGAGUUCCUACUACUCUUUAAACGAGUUUAUUUAAGGAACAGUUCUCGAGAACUUUAACCAGACCUGUUAAACGCCAGUAGCGUAAUUAAUCUGAAAAAACCUUUAUCUAAUGGUAUAGUAGGUAAUCUACAUGCUGUGUUUUGUUUCCAUAGUACAAUUUAUAAUAUAGUAAGGCUUAUAUAGAAAGCAAUAUUCACUUGCAAUUUACCGUAUGUAAAGGACAUUUUGUUUACGGAAGAGACUCAAUAUUAAGAGAAUAGAUUCCUUAGAACCACUAUACCGGCCAAUGAUCUUAAGCUUCUGGUCCGGCGAUUUAAAGGUCUGUUUUUAAGUAGGCAAUUUACCUUUUUAUUUUGGUAAAUACUUAAUUUAUGGUUAAUGCACAUUUUUCUGAAAUCAAUGCAUCAUAUGGGCUGGUUUUUGUACAAACUCAUGACUUUCACACCAUAUAUUUUCCAUAUUUCCUCACAUUGUUGUGUGGAGGUUUAAUUCCAACAACCUUUGGAGCUCAGCACCGAUUUCCCGGAUAACAAACGGCAAAAGGAUUCUAACCAGUUUGCCCCAACCACGAUAGUUGAAGAAUUUCAUCUUCUAUGUGGAGUUAGCUUCCAUGAUAAAAACAUUAUUUUCAUGAAAAUUGAAAGCGCCUUGGAUGAGGAUUUGCUUAAGCAUCUUCUGAAUGUAAGAAUCUACCUUUCAACCUCUAUUUAAGAUCUAGUGGCAUUUCUGAGAAACAGCAAUAACUUCUGGAACCCUUCUAAUAUAGAGGACCACUUUAUAAAAGCCAAGAAGCUGGCGAAGGGCAAACUAUUUUCCUCUCAUACGUCUUAAGCAACCAGAUAAAAGAUGGGGGUCCAUGCAGAGAAAUUUAAAACAGCCUGGCAUGUGACCCUGGCAGUGAGAAAAACUUCAAUUUCUUCACAUUUUAUUACUGUUUUUUUAGCAAUCCCAAGUGUGCUUUCAUUCAGCUUUGCAUACGUCCAGAAUUUAGCAUUAGAAAAAAUGUGAGAAAAUAAUAUUUGUAUCCUCUUCGAUUUAGAGUAAAAAUCUCAUUUUGGUACUAGUUCACCUUACUAGUUGACUUGGUAAAGACCAGCCUGGCUCUGUAUGAAGUGUUUGGGGUUUUUUGAAGCAAUAUCAUUCCAAUUUUAGGGUUUCUUUACUAAAUGGCAUUUGUUUUAAGUACUGCAGGCUUAGGAAACACAAAGUCUUAGAAAGAGAAUGUUGUCCAGACCAGUGUUGUGCUAAGGAUAUAUUGCAUGGUCCAGAUUUGUUCUGUAGUCGCCAAUUUUCUGCACGUAUAACUAUAUCCCCUGAGUUUGCAGUAGUGGGCAUUAACCAUGAUCAACUAAACGUUAACAUGCUUGUCAUUGAGUAAAGACUGAAGGAAUUUGGAAAUACAUAAAAAUAGUAGUUGUCAGUCGAAGUAAUAAAGCUGUAAUAUACUAACUCUAUAGAUGGGGCUGUGACUUUAUGUAAUUGUAAUCCAGUUGUUUUCAUCAUAGACUUUGGUGUUGGCCCCAAUUUAAAGGUUCAGAAAUGUAAAUUGCAGAAGACUGAAGGUGGAUGUUGUUUUUUCCUUUUUUUAUUUGUUUAUAUAUGUGUAUACAAAUCCUUACAGCCACACACAUGCUUGGGCUUUUUUGGUUCAUUUAGAACUGUUAACUUGCAUCAGAGGAAGGACCUUUGUGCUUCGAAACAUGUAGUGGUGUAAUAAAAACGACAUUUAUUCACACUGGAAGUUUCCUUCAGCUUUCAUGAUACUGCUGUGGAGAUGGCUACUCUACUAAUCUGUUGAAGAGCCUGACCUUGUCAUUUGGAGGAUCGGUUGGGAAGUCAGCGCUGGAGACUUUGCCCCUUAUCUUCUGUUUUCCAAGCAUGGUUGCUAGAAUUUGUGUUUCUCAGCUAAGGGUUACUAAUGGAAAAUGUCAUUGAAGACAAGUCUGUAUGAGCAGGUUGAAUUCAACUUUUAAAUAAGAAAUAAAAUUCUCAUACUUGCAUAAAACUGAAUUUCGGCUUAAUCCCUCCACUACCAGCCUGACCUGUCCUCUUUCUGCUCUUGGUAGCAUAGCAGCUAAAACUGCUUGUAUAUAUGUUUCUAUUGUAAAUUGGCUCCAUAUUAAUUGAGAUACAGCUGUACAUACAGAUGAUGUUAAAAUGUGUGAAAAUAUUUGCAUAAUGGGCUGAUUAUUUGUGUGCUUUUAUUUGAAGUAAGAACAUUUUUCCCAUUUUUAUUGGGAUAUGAUUUGUUUGUGAAAAAAAACCCCAUGUGAGUUUCCUUUAUUUUUGUUUGUUGUGUCUGCUUAUAUCCAGAUUCUGUAAAUCCUUUCAGAAAAAAAAAACUGUCCAUCCAUUUUGUCCGUCGUGUUAGAAAAACAAAAUUUGCUCAUGAAACUGAUACACAAAAGUCCCUCUUAGUGUUUAUGUUGACGUUGUGUUCGUAAUCCAUUUAAACGAUUCCUAAUAGGCGCAAAAAGAAAAAUGUAAGUAAAUACUAAUAAGUCAACACUUCAUAUAACUGGAUAUAAUAACCUCCGACUAUCCGCUGCAGCAGUAUGGGAUGAAAAGAUGCUUUGUUCAAAUUUGGCAAAUUGCUUUUUUUUAUAUAAUUUGCAGAAUACCAUAAUCUACUCUGAUGUAUUUUUUUUUUUUUAUUAUAUUCUAAUUCCUGCAGCUAUACUUAAGUAGUCUGCAGAGCGUUUCUAAAUCUUAUGAAGAAGUCAACAUAAACAAAAGUACCCAUGUAUCUUAUCAUGAGAACUGUUCAUGUCAGAUACCAAAUAACUUGUAAAUGUUUUGGUUUUUCUUUUUUUUUUCCUGGAUAUGUCUUUUUGAAUGUGAAUAAAGAGAGAGUCCAAUCA